CACUGAUAGGCGGCACUGAUAGGCAGCACUGACAGGCACUGAUAGGCGGCACAGAUGCACACUGAUAGGCGGCACUGACUGGCACUGAUUGGCAGCAAUGAUAGGUGGCACUGACUGGCAUUGAUAGGUGGCACUGAUGGGUGACACUGAAAGGCAGCUCAGAUGGGUACUGAUAUGUGGCACUGAUGGGCACUGGCAGGUGGCAUGGAUGAGCAUAGAGCUGGCACUGAUGGACACUGACAGGUGGCGCUGCUGGAGCUACACAGAUCAUCAGGGCACACUGAUCAUCAGAGCACUGAUGAUCAGUGUACAUAGAAAUGUGGCAUUUCCCUGUUUACAUGUCAUCAGCUGUGAU